UACACCUGCUGUCGGUCUGCCUUCCAUGCUAAUGUUAGCUGGCUCUAUUCUCUAUCUAUCCUGUCUAUUUUCCAAUGAUGGUUGCAAACACAGCUCUGCCUCAGUGACAGUAGAGCUGUAACCGCUGAAGACCAUGGGGCUGUCGCAGAGCUCGCUCCUGUCAGACGCUGGAAGUAACAGUGGAUAUCAUGUUCACGGAGUUCAAGAAGAAUCGCCUGCACUUAAGGCUGGACUGGAGCCUUUCUUUGACUUUAUUCUCUCUAUAGGGAACACCAGACUUAAUAAGGAGAGUGAUUUGCUGAGAGAUCUACUGAAAGCCAAUGUGGAAAAGGCAGUCAAGCUGGAAGUGUACAGCUCCAAAACUCAGCGGGUGAGGGAGCUGGAGGUGACACCCAGUAACAUGUGGGGUGGUCAGGGGUUGCUGGGCGCCAGCGUUCGCUUCUGCAGCUUCGAGGGAGCCAACGAGAAUGUGUGGCACGUGUUGGACGUGGAGGAGAAUUCUCCUGCAUCCCUUGCUGGCCUUAUUGCACAUGAAGACUUUAUUGUCGGGGCUGACCAAGUGUUACAAGAUUCAGAGGAUUUCUUCUCCUUGAUUGAAGCCAAUGAGGGGAAAUCUCUGAAGCUUUUAGUUUAUAACGUGCAGACCGAUCAGUGCAGGGAGAUUGUGGUGACCCCCAAUGGAGCCUGGGGAGGAGAGGGGAGCUUAGGCUGCGGUAUCGGCUACGGCUACCUACACAGGAUCCCGUCUCGUCCAGUUCCCCCGAAUGUCCAGGACAGAAAUGUUCCCCAACCAACGGCUACAGCUAGCAGGGAAGGGGUGACCUCGUCUGACCACAGUGAGGUUCCUCCUCUGACUGAAAGCAUCCUGAUUAAUGAAGCAGGUUUACCUGAAACUGGAGGAGAUUUGCCUAAUCUCAGUGAAAUCUCACCCCAGGAGGAGUCUCCAGGUGAAAAUGUCUCCAGCAGUCCUGGAGCCUUUAACUCAGAUUUGGCCAAAGCUGUUUCUACCAUGGAUGAGGGCCACAGCUCCAUGUUUGCUAAUUAUGGAGAUGACACGCGUGACCAAUGUAGCUUUGAUGAUUCAAUUUUUGACCAAACAUCUUCAUCUAAAGAGAAAGAAGAAGCAGUCAGUCAAACUGAGCAUGAGGGAGUUUUAAAUCAUAGCAGCAGAGAGGAUGUGGAUGAUGCUUCUGCUGCCCUCAAAGAUACCACAGAGCGCCUUGGGAGCAUCCCAGAGAGGCAGACUCCUAACAUGGAAGCUUUCAGCCCAGACCGCCUCUUAGAACAGGAGCUGAUUGAGUCUGAUGCGUCAGGCAGUUGAAUAACUGCAGCAGAGGGAGAAAAAGGAUUAGGAGUGAUGGAGAAAAGCUACAUUUGCUUCUUUUUCUUUUAAAGAUUUAUCACUGGACCUGUUUUUAAGUUAAAUGACUUUUGUUUCUCCCUGUGCCACUACUGCAUGCUGCAUUGCACAUUGGGAAUUGAUGUAAAGCAUUUUGAAUGUACUGUAAUAAGUUUUAAUAUUUAACUAUAUGAAGCCUUAGUUGAUCUGUUUAAAAAACAAACUGACUUAAAUACAUAAAAGAGGAGGCCAAGAUUUUAUUUUGUGGAUUCUGGAAUGUGGGAUUAAUUGAUUGUCAUCAGGGCCAAGUGUAAUAAUAUGUUUUUUUUUUUUUAGUUUUUAUUCUCAGGUAUUUAAUAUUUUGUACUUUCUGCCAUUAAGUGCUUACCUCAGAGUAUUGAGUAGUGCAAAGGAGCAGCACACUGUUCCUGUUUUUUGUUUGAAAUUAUGUUUCCAGUUUCAU